GCACUACAAAGGUAGAAGUUGAAGUGAAGAAGAAAGCUGAUCGUUAUUGCUACCCUGCUGAAGAAGUAGGCUAACGAGUGGUGAUCGUAGAUUGUAUAUAGUGCAAAGCAAGUGUUGCCUAGAAACUCUCAGACAUGGACAACCGAUGUCUGCACCGGGCUCUGUCAGAAAAGCAGGAGCAUCCUGUCUAUACUGGCGGCUUUCUGCAGAACCCAUACGUCGACAACAGGCACCCGUCAGUGGCUCCUGAACCGACUCAGUGUUCUCCUUCGCUGGGACCAAUACAGCCGGACCAAGCCGCUCCUCUAUGGACUCCACCGGGAUUUUUCAGUCGCACUUUGUAUCUACCGUCUACCAGAGUAGAUGGUUUGGGAGUGUAUCGUUUGGACCUUCCAUAUGCAUUUGACCCCUCCGUCCCUCCGCCUUCCUUCAGCUGCCCUCCACCGAGACACUUAGUGAACAUGGUACCUUCCGCCCCGUUAAACGCGUUUAGCAGCCUCCCGCAGCUUAGAGUUGGCCCUCCUGCCCCAUAUGAUGGUUUCCAGUCAGUGUUCGUCACCGAUGAUAAUCGGCAGCAGGAAUAUGGAGAUCACAGUGACCGGGGGCGAGUCAUGGUCUUAAGAAUGAAAAACACCCUUCAGAGGAAGCAGGAUACACAGUGGCUUAGGCGGUUCUGUCAGAGCAGGGCUAAACUGUCGAAGAUCACAAAGAUCCGGCAGCAGCAUCGGUCCCACCACUUUAACCGCUGUGUCCAUGGCCUGAGAGAGACUUUGUACGGAGCAGUGGAGCUAGUCUCAGCGAUUGAAGAGUCGCAUCAUUCUUUGAAAGAUAACGUGGAGAAUGGCUGUGUGUGGACAGACUCACAAUUGACUGUUUUCCAAAUGAAAACAAUGUUCCUGGACAAAGUGAAACUCCUCAGUGAAGGAGACUGUUUAAACAAAUUUAAAGCUAAACUGUGUCGUGUUGCUCAGAGGAGAGCCCGAAGCCUGAGGGCUAGUAACCUGAUGCAGCAGGAAGAGAGAGACCGACGGGAAGACAUUUCUGAGAAAGAGGCUGCUAUAGAUAUAUGGAGGAUGAAGCAGGUGAAUCAAGUACAGGAAAAGAUGAAGGAGCAGGAGCUGAAGCUGACUGCAGACCUGGUCCUCUGUGAGGUGAGGAAAAAACAGGCAGAUGUGAAGAGGAUGCAGAACAUUCUGAGAUCUCUGGAGAAACUGCGCAGGCUGAGGAAAGAGGCAGCAACCAGGAAAGGUAUCAUCUCAGAGCAAGAAUGUGAUAAGGCAUUCAGCAGUCGACUGGAGUGGCUGAAGAGUGUGAUGAAAAGACGGACAGUGGUUUACUCAGCAGAGGAAAAAGCUCUGAUGGUGAUGCUGGAAGGAGAGCAGGAGGAGGAGAGGAGAAGAAAGCAGGAGGGACGAGUGAAGGAGGAAAGUGAGACACAAUUAAAGAACAAACAGAGAAUGGAUACCAUUUUAUUUGGAGAUGAUGAUGUUGAUUCAGUCCUGCAGCCAUUCAGAAAAUAUUAUACCCAGGCUCAACGCUCAGUGCACGCUUUAAUACGAGUCAGGAGAGAGUGGGAUGUGUUUAUUGUUGCAGCGGAUCAUCCUGAUGGUUCUCCGGUUCCUCAGAGGUGGAUCCUCCCAGACCCCCCAUCACACCAGGACUGGGCCUACACUCUGCAGACAUACUAAGACAGACUCCUUAUACGUGUGGAAGGCCUGUUUGUAUAAAACCUCAUAUGGAGGACAUGAAAAUAAGACAAAUGCACUUCCUCAGACUGGACCAGCACACUCAUUAAAUGUAUUCAUUUUCUGUCUCUCCCUCCCACAGCAACACAGUAUCACACGGUCUUCUUAAAAUGUCAGCAAUACCAAUAUACUGUUAGAUAAUGAGAGGCCUUGGUUUUUUUGAAAUACUGACAGAAUAAUGAACUUAUGACUCAAGAUUUCAUCUUUGAUUUUUACAUUUGUACUGAAUUUUUAGAAAAAAAUUCUGUAUUUCAGACCUAAAAAGUGACGAUGUGAUAACUGCAGUUAACUCACUGCAGCAUGGUGAGGAGAAAAGCGAUGUCACAAUGUACAUGUGACAUCAUCCACAUAUGUAAUAAGGUCUAAUGAUGACUGUAAACAACCUGAUGAAAUGCAGGAUUAAUGAAACCUAAAUGUAGACCAACUAAUAGUUUAAUUGCAUUGUGAUAUAUUCUCUCGUACAAAACGAAAUUCUUCAUUACAUAUUUAUUUCACGAUUGAACAGAUUAACUUGUAAUGGUUGUACCUCCCCGGCUCUUGUUAAUGUAUUUAAGCGUAUUUUUACCGCCAUAAUAACAUUGUAUUGUAAUUUUUAUUGUCAUGUUUUCAUUCACAGAAUUGGAACAGAAAAGGAAAUAUAGGAAUGCAUUUAAUUUACCAACUAUAGUGUGUAUGAGUACAUUUUCAUUCAGAAUAAUUAUAGGGUUAAGGGUUUAAUAAGAAAACACUUUAACAGUUUAUUAGGGGGGUAGUAACCUGCAUGGUUCCUACCUUAAAUUGUAUCCAGUAAUCUGCCUUUCCUCCCUACUACAAUUGUUUGUGUGUGCGCGUGUGUGUGCGUACGUGAACAUGAGCAAAAUAAAGAUAGUUAAAGACUGA